AUGUCGAUAUUUUUUGAUUUCAAUAUUGGACCAAAGGGUAGAAGAUUUAGAAGGGCUGUACAAGAGGAUAAAUAUGAAAUUGAAGCCUUGCUCAAAGAAAACGAGUCUGAGAAAUUGUUUGGUGAACUUGAUGUCGGAAGUUUGAUUGAAUUAACAACGUUAUCAAUAUGUAUGGUUAAUUCCAAACAGGAUGUUAUAGGAUUUAUGUCAGUAUGUGAUCAUCCUUCCAUUCCCGGCGUAGAUCCGGCAGCCUGGGAGACUUGGAUGCGAAAUAUGUAUCAAAAAUACUAUUUAUCACGAAAUACAUUGUUCAUACAUGCAAUGUGUUGUGCUGAGACUGCAUUCGCUUAUUUUCUAGAAGAGUCUUUGGUAUCUCUGUUUAAGAACGAUGUUUAUUUGCAACAAAUAGUGCUUAUGGUUCCACCAGAUUGUCCUAAAGAGUUUAUUCUAAAGUAUCAGACUAUCCGAAAAUAUAAUUACAAGAGAAAUAAAGCGAAACGGGAAGAUGACUACGACGCUAAUUAUCAUUAUUUCUUUACGGCUAUACGACAAGAUUUCUGUCCAAAAUUGAGAAUACGACGAGCUGUCGAGGAAGACAACGACGACAUAGUAGCAAUUCUAGACAAGAAUUGUCCUCGAUUACGUAAGUUGUACGGCGACUACUACAUCAGUGAGAUUAUCGGACAGCAUCCAGAAAUGAAAAGAAAGAUUAUUGUAACUGAGGGUAUUGAUGGAGUAACGGGUGUAAUGUGUUUGAAUUCUGAUGUAAAUUUUUCCAUGCUUCAAAAUACAUACGAGUUGGAUUCAUACCACGGGCUGUGUAAGGCUACACCUCUUGAAAAAGAGAAAAAUAAAAGGAGCAACAUUCUACUACGUACUUUUGGGGAUCCCAUUAUGCUAGGAAAAUGGACUCCAUUUGACGUUACUCCCUUCAUUGAACAUGAAAACACUCAAGAUUCGAUAUUAAACCGUCAACCGACGCAAGCGACUGAGCUAUGUCCACCAGUGGUGUCACCACAACAGUGCUCAGCAACACCACCGCGAGGGGAUCGGCCCUUUGCACCGACAUGCGCAACACCAUCGGAUUUGCUGCUUUCUUCCGUAAGCGACACUCGUUACCACCUGGUACUGACGGUUCGCUCAAUGGAUCAAUCAUACGACAAUGUAAGCCUUCAAACAAAACCAAAAAGUAAGGUGAACUUCCGUCGCCAGUCUCAGAAUACUAUUGAUUUACAUAGCUCCGAAGACUUAAGCGAAAAACUCUCGCCAAUAUUAUCCCAACGUUCAUCAUUUGUCGACUUUCUACUCGAAGAAGAUCCAUUUGAUUAUGAAAUCGUCAAUAUAGACAGUACUUUGCUAACGUUCCCUCGGGUUUCCAAGGAUGUUUCCUUGCCCAUCGUGAAAAAGCGGAGUCCAAGACGAUCAAUUGUCAAUGAAAUGGAAAACAAAUAUAGACGCAGAUCAUCAAUAAGAAUGAAUCGAAAAACUGAAAAUAAAAAGAAAUUCUCUGGUGAACCAAACGCCUUUAUGAUUGAACUAUUUGGUUUACAUCAGGAUAUCGAUGAGAGUCACGCCUUCGAUUUACUAGAAGCCUCAUUUGAAGUUAUGAAAGAUUAUGAUUACUGUAUUAUAAGAAAACCUUGUUCGGAAAAAAGCUUUCCAUUAUUACAACAUUUUGCCUUUGUACCCACUAAGAAUCAAGUGGCUUGUGAAUAUGCGUUAUAUGUUGCUCACAGAUGUUCAGUUUUGAGUAGAUUGCGUGUACGACAGGCUGAAAUAAUAGACAUACCGCAAAUAGCGGAGUUGCUCUACAGUUUAGACGGCAAAGAGACAUUAUGGUCGGUAGAAAAUACAAUUUUCAGGAGAAACGAACUAGAGGCAUAUGUGUUUCUAAGCAAUGUUUCUGUUGUAGGCAUUGGCAUACUUGAACCACCCGAUCAAAUUGACUUUUUACGUAGCAAGUUCAACUUGGAUGAGUACCGUACUCAUAGCCAUCACGUAAUGGGACAGGAUCAAGGGGCAGGGUGUGCCACACUUAAUACGGCCCUUGUAUACCCCGCUUUUGAACCACAUUAUAGAUUCUUCGUCAGAGAUAUGCUGCGGCUUUCCGGGAUUCAUUCUCUUGUUUGGAUGACGGCUUAUAGGAAUAAAUGGGUAACACAUAAAAUAAAUUCAUUUGCGUCUGUAAUGAUCCCGUUGCGUCCGCGCAUCUCGCAUUUAGAUUAUGCACCAGUACCAGAAUUGAAUAAGUUGCAAGCACUUUCUAAUUCCUUGAUGUCAUUCAGCUGUUGGUACAUUGGAGCCAGGUUGACAAGUGUUCCCAAAGUGACAGUAGAUUGUAGAUUGGUAGUCAUCGGCGCAUCAACCACAGCAAUGGCGUUUUUGAAUACAUUAUUAUUCGGCGACACCUCAUCUUACAUGUUCUUCACAAACUUAACACUAAUAUCGCCACACGGGCUGCCAUACGUAAGAAAUUCAAAUUCGCUCGCCGAAAUGAUGUUUCUAAAGGACCACACCAAUUCGGAGAAAUAUUUAAAGAGUGUACCGUACACAUAUUACGUUAACACUAUACACAGUACGGUGGUGGAAAUUGACAAGAGGCAGAAAUAUGUGUUGUUAUCAAAUGGUAGCAGGUGUUACUACGAUCGGUUGUUCUUACUAUGCGGCAAUCAAUACCAACGUCCCGAUUAUUUAAAAAUACACCAGUCUGAUAGUAGUGACGUAAAGUACAGUCGUCUAGACGUGCCUCAUGGUCUGAAAGAGCCAUCUGUAUCACCGGUUCCUUCCAAUGUCUUUUUAGUUAACACUGUAUCAGACGCAAACAAGGCGAUCAACUUUUUAAAAUCUAUUGACUGGGAAGAGACUGAAGGAAAAGUACUGGUAUAUGGAGCAUCGAUCCAUGCAUAUUGUUGUAUUGCCACGUUACUGGAGAUGAAGAUUUCACCAGAACUCAUAGUAUAUAUAGAACCUUUUCCGGACGAAUGCCAAGGUUCGCGAGUGUCGCCCUUUUGUAAUAUUUAUGUUGACAAAACAAUGUCUAAAGUUCUCGAAAGUUUAAAAAUAAAAGUGUACCGUUCAUAUUACUUUCAAAACUGGAGUUUGGAUCGCGAAAAUGCCAUAACUCACGUUCAAAUUAUGUCGCAUUUUGAAUUGUUAAGCUUAGAAUGCGCUGCAUUUUUCUAUUACGGCAAACGAGGUGUAAACGAACAAUUAUUUAUGGCGGUGCAUAAGGCUGGUAUGGGGUACAGCGGUGGGUUGCUAGUGGACCACCAAUUCCAGAGUAGCGCACCUCUUGUUUAUGCUGCGGGGCCUGCCGCGCAACACCGAUAUAGCUACCACGACAGCUAUGAGAUUGGGUUCUAUCUAGGAAAACUUAUUAGAAAUGAACUGGACCCACUGUUUACUGAACAAAGCAAGCAUAGUAACAAUGGGACUGACAAAGAAAAUGUUGGUGUCAAAAAGUCAUGUAGUGGAAAUCUCCUUGAGGAUGAUACACAAGAAGGAAGAGGACAGAGUAUACCAGAAUUGAAAAAGCCCAUUGUACAAUAUUGUUAUUUGCCGGGAGGGUUACAAUAUUUAGAAGUUCGACCACCGGGAAUCAAAAUUCCGCACCAUUACGUACAAACUUUAGAGUAUAAUGGUUUUGUAAUAGAAACAUUCAAAGAGGGAUAUUUUAAAUUGCACUUAAAUAAAGAUCUGAUAGUAGACGGGAUAACCUGUCUUACACCAGAAAAGUACUCGUUGGAGAAUUUUAAAAAACUAUAUGGAUUAUCCAGUUCUAUACUCAGUAAUGUCCAUUUGAGAUACACGACAAAAAGACUAGACAAUUUAUACGAAUUUUUCCGUGAGCCUUGGGCGCAUUUCUUGUACCAUGACCACGUUGAAGAGCUUUUCGCAAUUGUCAAGGAACUACUGCCAACGGGCCAACCACAUGGCGAAACAAUAAAAGAAGUUCUUAAAGCAGCCGUCGAUAAAUUACCGAUAACGGCGCAUUCAUACAACAUGAAGAUGAAGAUCCGAUCCAGUUUCGAAAAGUCCCCACACAUUGACGCGAUCACCCAAUAUGUAAUACAGUGGGUGUCAGAAAACAACGUCCUAUUACCGAUGUAUCUACAACCAUCUGAAAGAUCUGCGUAUGCCCACGACUUGGACAAACACCCAGCUUUUAAAAGGAGGAAGCGAAGUAUUGUCAAAAUGUUAGCGAAGAUCUGUUGAUACCUUUGAAAUUAAAAUAAGCAUUCGUAAACUAA